AUGACCAUGUCGAGUACGAAAGAUGACAAGCCUCAGGAGAAGCAUCCAACAGAGGAUGCCAACAAGAAAGAUCCCAAAGUGGAUCAACGUCGAGAAGAAGAAAGAAUCUUUGGCGAAGAUAUUCAAGAACACGCAAAGUAUAUUGAAAGAUCGGUGAAAACAAUGGAAUCUCGAUAUGUAGCCCGCAUAUUACGUACUAUCAAAGGGAUUCGUUCUAAAGCAAGUGAUAAUUUGUUGAGGAAAGCGAUCAAUAAGCACCUAGCUACAGAUUCACCUUCCAAGGACCGCUUAUUGUCGUUCUUAGAUGAGAGUAUGGAUAUUGCUGAAGAAGGUGGAGAUACUGUAGUCGAAGUACGUCAUAAAAAGACCGAUUUGUUGGAAAUUGAAAUCUAUUUACAUUUGCUGGUAUUAAUGCAUUUAUUAGAUAGCAAACGCUAUGAUAAGGCUAUAGCUUGCGCUGACUUAUUGAUCGAAAAGUGCGAAGUAAAUACGAAGCAUUCAUUAGACCUAUUAUCUGCUAAAUGUUACUAUUAUUAUAGUAGAGCUUACGAGUUAUCUGACCGAUUACGUGAUAUCAGAAGCAAGUUACUUGCCCGUCUUCGAACGUGUACUAUACGUCAUGAUGAAGAAGGACAAGCUGUUUUGAUUAACCUGUUGCUUCAAAACUAUUUGCACUACAACCUCUAUGAUCAGGCCAAUAAGUUGGUAUCAAAAGCUGCAUUUCCUGAAGCUGCAUCAAAUAAUGAGUGGGCGAGGCAUUUCUUUUACCUUGGUCGUAUUAGAGCUAUCGAAUUAAAUUACUCUGAUGCAUACCAACAUUUACUACAGGUUCAUAAAUUCGCCAUUGUUGUUCAAUUGCUACUGGGUGAAAUUCCUGAUCGUAGCAUAUUUCGUGAUCGUUGUCUGCGUCGACCGCUACUUCCAUAUUUUCAAUUGACACAAGCUGUGCGUAAUGGCGAUUUAGCAAGAUUCAAUGUAGUGGUAGAUAAGUUUAAGUCAAGAUUUCUUGCAAAUAAAACUUAUACCCUAAUUAUAAGGUUGCGUCAUAAUGUUAUUAAAACUGGCGUUAGAAUGAUAAACAUCUCGUAUUCUUCAAUAUCCUUGGAAGAUAUUGCAAAAAAAUUGCAACUUGAUAGUCGAGAGGACGCUGAAUAUAUUGUUGCUAAGGCGAUAAAGGAUGGAGUAAUUGAUGCAGUCAUUAACCAUGAAAGUGGAACUGUUGAGAGUAAGGAAAAUGUAGAUAUAUACUCUACAAAUCAACCACAAGAAGUAUUCAAUCAGAGGACAUCGUUUUGCUUACAAGUAUAUAAUCAGUCGGUUAAGGCUAUGCGUUACCCCCGCAAAACUUACAGUGACAAUGUUGAAUCAGCUGAGGGGAGGCGUGAGCGCGAACAACAUGAUUUAGAACUAGCAAAAGAAAUGGCAGAUAAGGAUGAUGACUUUUAA